GUAUGGAAUGCGUACUAUUAGCAAAUGAUUUGACAACAACAAUGGAACAAAUAAAGGUUAAUGACAUUUUCAACAUAGAAAAUGGGUUUCUAGCUAAAAGUAUAUAAAUCCCUGUAAUGCAGUGGAUGAACCAAAGGUACUCGAUUCACGCACGUUAUAAGCUUGAAUUAAAAAAUAUGAAGACUUUCUAUACCGCUACUCUUUUGGUUGCCGCCGCAAUCUUCGUCAACGCUUCUAGUAUUGGAGAGGAAACUGCUGGUAAUGCUGUGAACGAUGCUGUUAAGUCGGAAAAAGACACUAUGGCAGCCAAGAAGUUAGAGAAAGUGUCCGAUGACAUGCCCGAUUUCUGGCAAAUGGACGAAGUCGCUGAUGCUGCAGGCACCCAUACUGUUGCUGCUGUCCUUGCCAGCGCUGCUGAAGCCGCUGAAGAAGCCAUGGAGAGCGUUGAACCCGUUCAAAAACACCGUCACCAGCAUGACGCCAGCAGUUCUGCUGCUGCCCCUGAAAAAUCCUUGGGUGCCGCAGAAUUCCAUGCUGAAGUUGACAGUCAUCAAGAGGAUGUCUUGACUUCUCCUGAAGCCCAAAUGCCUCCCGCUGAUGUGAAGGAAACCCAGCCUAUGACACCUCAGGCUGACAACAAGCAGGAAGGAAAUCCCGCUACUAAGUUUGUUGACAGCAUCAAGCGUUUUUUCAACAACCUUAGAGGAGCUUCCAACUAAAAAUAUGUAUAGAAUUUUAAUCUUUAUCAUUGUCACAUCAUUCAAACCUGAAAGCUGUCAUUAACAUUUUUGAUUGUAAGAAAAAAUGUUGGGAAAAAAUAAAAGUAGUAUAUUUGCAUGAAUUUGGAAAAGGAGUGUAAUGUAAGUUGCUUAUGAUUAUGUUUAUGUGAAUGAAC